AUGACUGCAUCGAUUUCUAUUCCGAAUACGUUAAGUACACAUCAUUCAAAAGUUUUCGCGAAAUUCGAAAAAAAUGUUCUUCCUGAUCAGCAUUUCUCCCAAGUGAGUUCGCGAACAUCAUCGAAAUCUACGGAAUUCACGGAUAACCCGAAAACCCCUGUCGGCUCAUUAGAAUUUCAUCCAACUGGUGCAUAUGUGGUCUACACCAGACUUGAUGGCACACUAAAUAUGUGGAAGCUUAAAUCUGACCGAGCGGAGGAUUAUAAACCAUUGACUCUAGAUUUAGCCAAUGACUCAAUUGGUUUUUCAAAAUCAUGCGUUUCCUGGAGUCCUUUCACUGGGUUUUUGUUUGCCAUGGUCGAUGGGUCGAGUGCGAUACGGAUAUUUGAUGCAUCGACAGGCGCGAAUAUUAAAACCUUGCAUAGUGAUGACGAUGAUCGGUAUAAUGUAUGCACUUACGAUCCAAACGGGAAAUGGCUAGCUACUGUGACACAAAACAAUCAGGUCUUGCUGUUCGAUGUGGAUGCUGAUUACCAAUUGGCGUGGCGCUCACCUCUUUUAAGAUCAGCCAACACUACCCAAUCCAUACCAGCACCUGCAAAAGAACUAUCCUCCUAUCACACCACUUCCCUAAUUUGGUCUCACGACAGCAGUAAAAUCUACGCCGCCUUUGAUUCUGGAGAAAUCAGGAUCUAUGACGUUCUUGCAGCUGGCUUACAGGAAUUGAUCCACGUCUCGGGUCACACGGGCCCUGUGAACUGUUUGAGAUUGACCCAGACCGGAUCCUACUUGCUUGCUGCAGGAGAAGACACCGUUUGUUCCAUUUGGGAUCUUUCUUCUAUGUGUUGUGUUUUCACUAUCAAUGACUUCCCCGAUUCAAUCAGAGAUAUGGACAUAUCUCAUGGUGAGUCGGUGAUAGCUCUAAGCUCACCGAGCUGUAUUCAAAUAUACGCACUAGAAACUCGAGAGUCAAUUUACAAGGUAGAGUUCAACAGUUUAAUCAGCGGACCCAAAUUUCGGUUUUAUCCUGGACGCUUGACUUUCAUUUCAACCACUGAUAAUGAUCUCGUUACAAAAUUUCAUAGGCCCGAACCUACCGAGGAAUUCACUGGUAAUGGAGCUACAGAUAAGAAGCCUCGGCCCGAUCGCAGACCUGGCAUUGGUGGUCGUAGACGAGACGCGGACGCACCGCCUAGAAGCAGAUUUGUGAGAAGAUCAGCCAGGCGUUAG